ACCAAGCAAAUUGUCUUACCGUCAACUCCGAGUUUAUUUCAAUGUUUGAAGACUUUUAGCAACUAUAAAAGCAGUUGCUGCUUUGUUUCAAUGUUCUAAUCAACAGCAGAUUAGAAGCGUGGUUGUUCACAGUAUCGGCGUUAUAUGUACAUAGUUGCGACCCCUUCAAAUAUUGUGUCGCGAUUAAAUUUUGCGAAGGUGUGAAUUAGUAAUCAUUGGUCUCUCAGAUAUUAUUGUCAGGUCUCCAUCCCAAUUUUCACGAUGAUCAUCCAAAAGAACAACUAUGAUAUUCCCGACUUCCUCAACGAGCAGUUUUUUAAAAAUGCUGUCGAGAAUAAAGUUGGAUCUAAGAAUUUCGAAUUAACCAGCCUCGAUUUCUCAAUGGGAUGUAAACCUGAAGAUAAUCAUCUGAGCAAUGUUUACCGUGUAGAAGCUGCUUAUAAUGAAAAAGGAAGCGGGAAGCAAAGCAGGAAAUUUUAUUGUCAAAUGUGUUCCCUUAGAAGGCGACAGGAAAGAGUUUGCCGAGAUGGACAUUUUCGAAAAAGAGAAGCUAAUGUAUUGCGACAUCAUACCGCGGAUUGCGAGCUGCCUAGUUAAUAUAAAAACUGCACCAAAGUGCUACUAUGUCAUGGACGAGCCCAUGGCGAACUAUGGUCUUUGAAGACAUGAAGCCAACGGGAUACGAUAUAGGAGAUCGCGUGAACGGGGUGGACAUAAACCAUUGUAAAGUAUUUUUGACGAAACUAGGGCAGUAUCAUGCUGGUUCCUUAUUGCUCCUGGAAAAAGAACCUUCGUUGAGAGAAUCAGAAAAUUUAAAGCAUGGUAUAUUUUCUUCGCUGAGCUUCAGCAAAGCAAAUAUGACAACCAUGCCGUAUCUGAAUCUUUCAAGACUUAUCGAUCAUGCAUCAAAAUGGCCUGGCUAUGAAAAAAUCGUGAAUAAACUAAAAGACUUCCUUACAAAUAAAACUUUCCUCAACAAAGUUGUAGAAAACAUACGUAUAUCACCAGGUGAUAUAGUAGCAAUCUGCCAUGAAGAUUGUUGGGUAAAUAACAUCCUUUUCCAAUACAAAGGGAAUUCGGUAACGGAUGCUCUUCUCAUUGAUUUUCAAGGAUGCACUCGAGGGAGUAUAGGACUUGACAUUAUAUUCUUUUUUACUGUCAACGCUGAACUAAAUGUCUUACGCCAAGAUAGAGAUCAACUAAUUGAAGAAUAUUACUACCCAGCGUUCCGAACAUCACUCGAACAAGGCUCCUAUAAGAACAUCCCUACAAUUCAAGAUGUCAAAAAUGAAGUUAAAAAGAAAGCAAUGUUUGGACUUUUCGGUGCAGUUCUAGGUCUUACCUUUUAUCUCAAUGAAAAAAGAAGACAAACUUGAAAAUACUGUUGAAUCCCUAAAGGAUAAAAGUAAGGUGGAAAAGAUGGCCGACAUCGCUUGCUCAUCAGAACGAUUCAAAGAAACUCUAAAAAUUUUCCUGAAGGAAUGGGAAACCUAUGGGAUAUUUGAUUGAUAAAUUACCCCGCUAAAGAACUGUGCUACAAACUACUUCAUCUCCAUCAAUUCUAUUCAGUAUUUCCAUCAACAUACUUGGGAUUGAAACUAUUAAAUUGAUAAUAAACAUGUGAAAACUGAA